ACAGUGCGGCUUCCGCGCAACAACAACACGCCGCCAUUUUCAGCAGUCAGGGCGAGCAUAACGGCGCAGGAAUUGGGUCACAGUGCGGAAAUCGGACAAAAACAAGGCGUUUGACGUGCCGUCGAGACCUGACAGCCACCCAGCAUCGCUGCGCAUCGACAGAGAGCCUAAUGAAUGUAACCGACCGGUCUGCUCGAAUGAGGUUUCAUAGCGCAGGGCCGGGUUGAUGUCGAAGGCGAUCUUGUUUUCCCACUGCGCUUCAAUAUAUACACGAUAAAGCAGUAGAAUGAAGAGAGGUCUAAAUGGAGAUGAGAAGGAUUGCAGCUCCUCCGCUGAGGGACCUCUGGAGGCCUGUAAGAAGGGGCGGCUGCUGGACCAGGAGCCCGAUGAAGUCGUUUCCAACUGGGGCCGCCUGCCCCAGGAGAUCCUGCUGCACGUGUUUCAGUACCUGCCGCUGCUGGACCGGGCCUACGCCUCGCAGGUGUGCCGCAGCUGGAACCAGGCCUUCCAUAUGCCGGAGCUGUGGCGCUGCUUUGAGUUCGAACUGAACCAGCCCGCCAGCUCCUACCUGAAGGCCACCCACCCGGACCUCAUCAAGCAGAUCAUCAAGAGGCACUCCAACCACCUGCAGUACGUCAGCUUCAAGGUGGACAGUAGCACCGAGUCGGCAGAGGCUGCCUGUGACAUCCUCUCACAGCUGGUUAACUGCUCCCUCAAGACUUUGGGCCUCAUCUCCACAGCCAGGCCGAGCUUCAUGGAAAUGCCAAAGUCACAUUUUAUUUCCGCCUUGACGGUGGUGUUCGUCAACUCCAAGUCGCUGUCGUCCCUGAAGAUCGACGACACGCCGGUGGACGACCCGUCCCUUAAGGUCCUGGUGGCCAACAACAGCGAUACGCUCAGGCUGCUGAAGAUGAGCAGCUGUCCCCAUGUCUCUCCUGCAGGGAUCCUCUGUGUGGCAGACCAGUGUCACGGCUUGAGGGAACUGGCCCUGAACUACCACCUGCUGAGCGACGAGCUGCUGCUGGCGCUGUCCUCGGAGAAGCACGUGCACCUGGAGCACCUGCGCAUCGACGUGGUGAGCGAGGACCCCGGCCAGACGCAGUUCCACACCAUCAAGAAGAGCAGCUGGGACGCCAUGAUGCGCCACUCGCCCAAGUUCAACCUGGUCAUGUACUUCUUCCUGUACGAGGACGAGUUCGGGCCCUUCUUCCGCGACGAGAUCCCCGUCACACACCUCUACUUCGGUCGCUCGGUCAGCAAGGACGUGUUGGGCCGCGUGGGCCUGACAUGCCCGCGUUUGGUGGAGCUGGUGGUGUGCGCCAACGGACUGAGGCCUCUGGACGAGGAGCUGAUCCGCAUCGCCCAGCGCUGCCAGCACCUGUCCGCCAUCGGCCUGGGCGAGUGCGAGGUCUCCUGCAGCGCCUUCGUCGAGUUCGUCAAGAUGUGCGGCCGCCGGCUCUCCCAGCUCUCCAUCAUGGAGGAGGUGCUCAUCCCCGACCACAAGUACAGCCUGGAUGAGAUCCACUGGGAGGUGUCCAAGCACUUGGGCCGGGUCUGGUUCCCCGACAUGAUGCCUACCUGGUAGAUCAUUCCCAGAACCCUCCCCGAGCUCGGCGUUUUAUCCCGGCACGUCAGUAACCGAGACCCGCAAAUCAGACAACACUAACAGACCUGAUUCUCCACAGAUAUCCUAAAAUGUGGAAUUCAGACAUUUUCUACCUUUGUAAAUGCAGUUAUGGGCCGUUUUGGUCAGUUAAUACCCACCCCUUCUUUGAACAAAUUGAGCUAUGUAUAUACGUUUUAUUUGAAACUUUAUUUUCUCGAUUUGGUUUGUGGAAUGUAGUACGGGCAGCGUGUCUGUGUUAGUUUGUCUGCCGCUUCGAAUACUGCACAUGGAAGGAGCAACUUUUGCUAAAAGAGAGACUUCUUGGGGGUGGGGGGGGGUUCACUUUAUUCAAUGACAGGUAGAUUAAAGCUUUUCGGUUAAAGUCGCCAGAUCAUGAUGGUUUUGCGAAUUGGCUUUUUUCAACAAAUCACGGCGGUGUGCCAUGUGACAAUCGACUGGGGGUUAAUGAUCCUGUAAUUACCCCAAAUGUCAUCACCCUCGGCAUGUGUCCCUAAUUUUUAUCAGUUUUUUUUUUUUUUUUUUUGUCCUGCCGCAUGCAAUUCAAAACGUUUUAAUGACAACAAUUAGUGCAAUGUUUUCUUUUCAAGAAAAUUUUAGAAUAUGGUUUUUCCAUAACCUGAAGCACCUUGUACUGAUACCAAAUGAUGUACAAUAUUAACAAAGGGAUUUCUUUUAGAAUAUUUCAGUAGUGGUCAAAUGACUAGAAUGAAAGACGGCUUUUCUCUUGCACUGUUUUGUGUUUUCUGUCAUAUGGACGUAUCUAGCUACAAAAAAACGGUAAUAUAAAGCAAUAAAACGAUUCAACAAAAAAUACGCUCCUUACAGAUAGGAACGGGUACCUGAACAUGGAUGGUAAGAGUUCUGCUUUAGUACUUCUCAGUCUUACUUUCUUUUUGGGAGUAAAUGAAUACAUUAAAACACUUUGGGGGGGGAAAUCAAAUGUGUAAUUUUAAAAUUUAGAUAAGCAGAUGUGGAUCUGUUGCAGGUUUUAAUUUUAGUUUUUUGCCCUUUGUCCAUUGUACUCAAACACUGCUGUUGAUGGCUUGACCUGUAUAUUUACUUUACAGUUUUACUGUCAGGCCAGAAGAGAAGAUAUUUACACUUAAGUUACUACGCCCAAUGAGAUUUGGCAGAAUGUGAGUGAUAUCCAUCCAUCUUCUGUUUAUCCUGGUCUGGAGGGGUCGCCGAAGUCGAGGCAGGGGUAGAUCGUACAUGGGGUGGCGGUCCAGGGCUGGUCAGUCUAACUGCACAUGUUUAGACUGCAUGAGGAACGGUGCCAAGCAUGGGGAGAACAUACAGACCUCAAACAUGUGCAGUAGAGGUGUAGGGUUCAGGCAGCAGUGAAAACCACCCAAAUGAGUGAAAUUCUUUAUAAAUGUUCCUUUAAGAAGGAAGUCCUGUCUUUUCUGUAUGUAAAAUGCUGUGUGUUUGAGAAUAGAAAUAUAAAUGUAGUUAUUUCACUACUACGCCCUCUGUCAGGGUGUGACCUUUAACAGUUGGUGUCUUUUAUACACGAGUGGGAUGGCAGUAAUCUUUUCAAUGGAUGCAUUUUUAGUUUUUCCUUUCCUAGGUACUGGAUUUGAUUUUUUUUUUUUGUUAUUUAUUAAUAUAAUACAACUGCUUUUGUAUUAUCACUGAUUAUUUUAUGUAUAAUUGUAAGUUACAGUGUAGAAACAGUGAGUCUUGGUGUAGAUGUGAUCGAAUCUAUAAAAGUUAUGCUAGUGCAGGUAAAUUGUUUAUCUUGGGUUUUCAAUUAAGAGUUUGUAGAUAAUUUACGCAUUGUAUAGACAUCAUAAUCUUAAAAUGAAGAACUGCAACACAGUCCAUAUUCUAAUGGCAACUGGCUGAUAACUUGCAGCCAGAUUUGUUUUUCAUUUAUUAUUAAUGCCACAACAUUUGGUUUAUAUAAUCUAUGGGAUUAGGAUUAGUUUGUUGUACAGUGCCCGUAUCCACACGAUAUUGGAAGAGAGGCAACAAAUAGGCUUUCAUUCAAAAAUUGUUGGACCUUUAAAAUUGAUCAGUUUUCACAGAGGUGGAAAGUCCAGGUCCAGAAAGUAAAAAUCCAGACCAAGAUUUUGUUCCAACCAGCUAAUUGAGUAUGAAGAGUCACAGAAAACUCAACUGGUUGGUUGAAACAAAAUCGUGGUCUGGAUUUUUACUUUCUGGACCUGAACUUUCCACCUCUGCCUGAGAGUAGGCAGUACACUUGAAACAUCCUUACUUUUUCCUAACCCCCACUGUGUUAGGGAAUUUUAUAUGAGCCUUGAUUAAAAAUUGAAUGCAGGAAAACAAAGAUGUAUGUUUUCCUCAUUGCACUUUACUGAUGUAUUCCUUUCAUUAAUAGCAUUACCUAAGUUAGUAGCAUUCAGGAUAGUAGUUUCCUAUAUGAAUUGCUGUUUGAUUUUGCUCAUUAAGAGUAAAGUGAGCUGUUAUUAAAACAUUUUUCAGGCUCAAUUUGCUGUUCUUUGCUUCAGUAUAGCAGCUGCUUUGUGUAUUUUACUGAGUAUUGGUCAUGAAACAAAAUCCAGUGUUUGUGGAAAUGCUUUUUUUUUUGGGAAUAAACUUUUUGUGAUGUAUUGAU